AUGGGAAAAUGUGACGAAGCUAAUGUCGAAGUUAGUAUGGGGGACUCGGCGUCCCCCAUGAAACCUGAUAAUUUUACAUUCACCGUACCCCCCGAGGCCCCUGUCUUCGAGCCAACUCCUGAAGAGUUCCUCGAUCCUCUGGCGUAUAUCAGCAAAAUCAGGCCCAUUGCUGAGAAGUCAGGGAUAUGCAAAAUAAAACCCCCCGCGCACUGGCAACCUCCGUUUGCUGUGGAUGUAGACCGACUGAGAUUUACCCCUCGGAUUCAACGGUUAAAUGAGUUAGAGGCAAUCACAAGAGUGAAGUUAAAUUUCCUGGAUCAGAUAAUCAAGUUCUGGGAGCUUCAAGGCUCUAUAUUGAAGAUACCAACGGUGGAAAGGAAACCAUUAGAUUUGUAUGCACUACAUAAAAUUGUGAAAGAAGCUGGUGGUUUCGAAGUAUGUUCAGCGGAGAGGAAAUGGUCGAAGAUCGCACGACGCAUGGGUCAUCCACAGGGUAAAGGUAUAGGUUCGAUUCUCAAGAAUCACUACGAGAGGAUCCUCUACCCGUACGAUGUUUUCAAGAGCAGUGGCGCUGUUGGCAACGGAAAUGAUAGCAAAGAAACCAAGAUAGAAGUAAAAGGCGAACAAACACCAGAGAAGGGUCGCAGGUCAAGCAAGCCCCCGGCGGCGACUCCGCCCCCCGCCCGGCGGUUCAAGAGCUCGGAGCCCGAGCCGGCAGAGGGCAGCCACACGGAGGGGGCUCUGCCAUUGGGAGACGUGAAGAAAACUCCCAUCAAGGAAGAACCGGGAGAAACAAGGAGGAGUCCGCGUGAGAACAAAUGGAUGUCCCAGGCGGGUAGCUGUGGAGCCCGAGCCCGCGCCGUCCGCUCCAAGCGACUGAGGGAACACCGCUUCAGUAAUAUGACGGUGUCCGUUACGCCCGCGCCUCCCCCGUUACAUCCCGACGACCCGCUCGCGAAGUACAUGUGUCAUAUAUGCGGGCGUGGAGACAUCGAGGAACAGAUGCUGUUGUGUGAUGGCUGUGAUGAUUCCUACCACACAUUCUGUUUGGUUCCACCGCUAGCCGACGUGCCCAAGGGAGACUGGAGGUGCCCCGUGUGUUUGGCUGAAGAGGUAUCAAAACCGACUGAGGCUUUCGGCUUUGAGCAAGCUAGCCGUGAAUAUACAUUACAGCAGUUCGGAGAAAUGGCUGAUCAAUUCAAAUCGGAUUACUUCAAUAUGCCGGUACAUAUGGUGCCCACGUCGACGGUGGAGCGAGAAUUCUGGCGCGUCGUGUCAUCUAUAGAUGAAGACGUAACUGUUGAAUAUGGAGCGGAUUUGCAUUCAAUGGACCAUGGUUCAGGUUUUCCAACAAAAUCCAGUGCCCAUCUGUAUCCCGGGGAACAGCAAUAUGCUGAAUCCUCAUGGAAUCUCAACAACUUGCCAGUGUUAGAGGGAUCUGUACUUGGACAUAUAAAUGCAGACAUAUCCGGGAUGAAGGUACCUUGGCUAUAUGUGGGCAUGUGUUUUGCCACAUUCUGCUGGCACAAUGAAGACCAUUGGAGUUAUUCCAUCAAUUACUUACACUGGGGAGAACCAAAGACAUGGUACGGCGUACCAAGUUCCAAAGCGGAACAGUUUGAAGCUGCUAUGAAGGCCGAGGCGCCCGAGCUGUUCCAGCUACAGCCGGACUUGCUGCAUCAGCUGGUCACCAUCAUGAACCCUAACGUGCUCAUGAAAGCUGGAGUACCAGUCUACAGGACUGAUCAACAUGCUGGAGAGUUUGUUAUAACCUUUCCCCGCGCCUACCACGCCGGUUUCAAUCAAGGAUAUAACUUUGCCGAGGCUGUCAACUUCACACCAGCCGAUUGGCUAAAAAUGGGUCGCGAGUGCAUCACCCACUACUCCACUCUACGGCGGUAUUGCGUGUUCUCUCACGACGAGCUCGUCUGUAAGAUGGCGCUGGAGGCGGAUUCACUCAGUCUGACCGUGGCCCUGGCCGCGUACAGAGACAUGAGGACUAUGUUACAUGACGAGAGGAAGUUAAGGAAGGGAUUACUUGACUGGGGUGUAACGGAGGCUGAGCGUGAGGCAUUCGAACUCCUCCCAGAUGAUGAGCGUCAAUGUCACGAGUGUAAGACGACGUGUUUCCUGUCGUGCGUUACAUGCGCCUGUACUACACAAAUCGCAUGUCUGCGGCACUACGAUCAACUGUGCAGUUGUUCGCCGGCGGAACACAAACUAAGAUAUCGCUACACACUAGACGAGCUCCCGGCUAUGCUUGAGAAGUUAAAGCGUAAAUCGGAACAGUUCCGCGAGUGGGCGGAGGCCGUGCAGAAUGCUUUAGAUCCGGACACGCCCAAAACAUGUGACCUUGACGGACUGAGGGGGCAUCUGAAGAGGGCUCACGAUCUGAAGAUGCACAAGACGGAACUGGUGCGUGCAUUGGAAACUGCGAUAGAGGACGCUGAGAAAUGUGCGUCUGUGAUUCAACAGUUGGAUCUGAAUAAGAUGAGGACAAGGACCAGGCAUCACGACCCCAAGUACCGCCUCACCAUACACGAACUGACGCUGUUCGCUGCUGAGAUAGACGGACUGGCGUGUGUGCUGCCAGAAGGGUCCGCUGUUAAAGAAGUGCUUCGUCAGACAGCUGAGUUUGAGGACAGAGCCAUCACACUGCUGGGGAGAGAUUUGGACGACUGUGACGCUGCCUCUGUCAGGGAAUUAGAAGAGGUCGUCGACCUCGGCUCCCGUCUCUGUAUAGUUCUGCCACAGCUAUCAGCGCUUCAGGCUCGUCUUCAGCAAGAAAAGUUCAUAUUGUCUGUUCGUACACAUCGCGAGGACUCCGCCUCACUCACACCAGAGAUCAUUGACAAACUGCUGGCUGAAGCAGAGACGGUAUUACCGCAUAGGAAAGUUGAAACGGAACGGGCUGGGCUUUAUAAAUUGAAAUUACAAGUUGAAGAUUGGGAACAGAAAGCCCGAGCUAUAUUGGACACAAACCGGGAACGCGAUGAUGAUUCACGCACUACGCUAGCUGAUUUAGAAGAGUUGUUAGCAGCUGCUGAUGAAGUGGAAGCAGCGCUGCCCUCUAGACAUGCGUUGGCUACAGCCGCUGCACACGCCAAAGACUGGCUUGCCAAGGUGGAGGAAAUGCAAUCAAAGGAAUUAUAUCCAUACAUGCACAGUGUUGAAGCUCUGUGCAAGCGUGGAGCACAGAUACCUGUGGCUCUGCUCGAGAAGAGACAUUUGGCAGCAGCGCUACUGUCAGCCAGGGACUGGCAGAGAGGAGCCGCUGAUAUGUUCCUUAAGAAGAACUGGCCUUAUUCUUUAUUGGAGGCGUUGUCUCCUCGUUCGGAGUGCGCGCCUCGUCGGAAGAAAGGGGACUCUGAAGGAUUGUUACAACACUUUAGUGAGGAAGCUACUCCUACAGAAAUAGUGGCGGCCUUCAAGCAGGCGGAACAAAGGGAACUGGCUGCUAUCAAGGAACUCAGAGCUAAAAAUAUGCGGAAGGAGGUUCGAACGCCGGCUCCCGGCGUUACUUUCUGUGUGUGUCAGAAGAGACAGUAUGGAGUGAUGACGCAGUGUGAGCUCUGCAAAGACUGGUUCCAUGCGGCCUGUGUGUUGUCGAGUCGCUCGGAGGAAUCUGAGUCAUCACCGGAGCCCGAGGCGGAGCCCCAGCCCUCGCCGGCGCCUGAACCGAAGUUCCUCUGCCCUGACUGCGCACGAACAAAACGACCUAGAUUACAUCGGAUAUUGGCUUUAUUGGUUUGGCUACAAAAGCUGCCCGUACGUCUAGCUGAAGGUGAAGCGCUACAGUGUGUGACCGAGCGAGCCAUGGCCUGGCAGGACGCAGCUAGGGCGUUACUGGCCUCACUACCGACUACACGCGUGGAGAGGGGGGAGAGGGGAGAACGGCAGGGGAGGGGAGACGCGCACAGGUCGUCAGCUAGUGUGGAGCACGCGUACAGUGCGACACCUAGAACAAGUACAGCUAGAGUCUCACCCGCCAUGCUGCAGAGACUCGAAGAUCUCAUGAUGGAAGGUGACCUGUUAGAGGUUCGUCUCGAAGAACAGCGUCUAGUAUGGGCUGCUGUGUGGGCCGCUCGAGCGGCCGAGGGUCGGCGGGCGGCGCGAGUGUUAGACGCGGGUAGAAGGAAGAGGGCACAGAGACCUGCACGACAUCAUCACCCGCUUAAGAGGACGAGAGUACUACAUGGAACAAACACCACAAAGACGACUAUGAAACGCGGCUCAGCCACAACUACCAACUACUUAAAUCGGAAACAGGGAAUGUCGUCCGGCUCCGGGCUAAUGAUGCGUAAGCACUACCUAGCCCGCCAGGAGCGUCGUAAGCGCCCCCUGCCGGCGCGCCCCCCUCCUAGACCGCGCGCCCCCCGCUCGCCCCGCACCCCUCGCUCGCCCCGCGCGCCCCGCUCCCCUCGAUCGUCCUCCUCCUCACGCUCCUCAGCUGAUGAUGAGGAGGACUGCGCAGCCGCUGACUGUCUGCGGCCCACAGGCAAGGAGGUGGACUGGGUUCAAUGCGACGGCGGUUGCGACCAAUGGUUCCACAUGCACUGUGUAGGACUUAGUCGAGGAGCUUUGAGGGAAGAUGAUGACUACGUGUGUGGCUCGUGUGCUGAGAAUAGGAAGUAA